AAGACUAUAUGCCAAAAAUGAAUCCCUCUAUCUCCAAGCAAUCGACAAAUACCAGCCCUGGAGAAAAACAAAAAAAGAAGAAGAAGAAGAAUACCAAACUUGCUGUCCACUUAAUUUCAAAGAGUCUGCCAUGUUUUCAUUCUCUAUUCCCAUAUUUAGAUCACUGCUUUAAUCUGUCAAAAUCUGAGGAUUCUGACAUGAACCAGCAGUGGUAAUAAUAAUUCAGCAAUCAUAAGGAUAAAAACUACUGAAGAACUGAAUGUGAUCAAAAGGGAUUCUCCAAGAAAAGCAGAGUUGGACCCGUCAAACCCAAUCAUUUGAGACCAACAUUUGCUUUUGGGCAAAUGGGGCAACCUCAGAAGCUCGAGCUUUUGAGCCAUGGAUCCCUGAUUUCGAUAUAACGGUUUCUUCUUCUCGAUUUUUCAGAUUUCUUUGAGAAAAAGCAAAACAAGAAAACUAAAGCAGAUCGGUAUUCAACCUGGUUUUUUAGCAGCAGAACCAAUGAUCAAGAUUCACUUUCCUGUUCAUCCCCCAUCUUUUUCUUACAUAUAUAUACACAGAGACAGACGGGCAUUCCCUCUCAUUACCAAAUCAUAAUUCGAUCAUCGCCUCUCUUUUUUUCUCCUUUUCUUUGUCCUGUUCUUUCCUUCCUCCAUUUUGCUUGUCAUCAACUUCAUCUCAUUCUAGAUGGAGACAACUGAACUGAAGGUAGAGAUGGUUGGCAUUCACGAGAAGAGAUUGAGGAAAUGCUUAUCCAAGUUGAAAGGAAUAGAGAAAGUGGAAGUGGAUGGGAAUAGUCAGAAAGUGGUGGUAACAGGGUAUGCACAUAGAAACAAGAUACUAAAGGCAGUGAGGAGGGCUGGUCUGAAAGCAGAUUUCUGGUCUGCUCAGAAUGAGCUUCUUAAUGUAUAUGCCAGUUCUAGCUUCCAAAACCUAAGAUUCAACAGCUUCAACUUCUUCUAGGUCUCGCCUCAAUUUUGUCCAAGUCCUAUUUCCUUCUCUUUCCUAA